AUGCAAAUCUUUGUCAAAACACUCACAGGUAAAACGAUUACACUCGAAGUCGAACCAUCAGAUACGAUCGAAAAUGUCAAAGCAAAAAUCCAAGACAAAGAGGGUAUCCCACCUGAUCAACAACGUCUUAUCUUUGCUGGUAAACAAUUAGAAGAUGGUCGCACGUUAAGUGAUUAUAAUAUACAAAAGGAAUCAACAUUACAUUUGGUCUUACGUCUUCGCGGAGGAAUGCAAAUUUUUGUUAAAACCUUAACUGGUAAAACAAUUACACUUGAAGUCGAACCAUCAGACACGAUCGAAAAUGUCAAGGCAAAAAUCCAAGACAAAGAGGGUAUCCCACCCGAUCAACAACGUCUUAUUUUUGCUGGUAAACAAUUAGAAGAUGGUCGAACAUUAUCAGAUUACAAUAUUCAGAAGGAAUCAACAUUGCAUUUGGUUUUACGUCUUCGCGGAGGAAUGCAAAUCUUUGUUAAAACCUUAACCGGUAAAACAAUUACACUUGAAGUUGAACCAUCAGAUACGAUCGAAAAUGUCAAGGCAAAAAUCCAAGAUAAAGAGGGUAUCCCACCUGAUCAACAACGUCUUAUUUUUGCUGGUAAACAAUUAGAAGAUGGUCGAACAUUAUCCGAUUAUAAUAUACAAAAGGAAUCAACGUUACAUUUGGUCUUACGUCUUCGCGGAGGAAUGCAAAUCUUUGUUAAAACGUUAACUGGUAAAACAAUUACACUUGAAGUUGAACCAUCAGACACGAUCGAAAAUGUCAAGGCAAAAAUCCAAGAUAAAGAGGGUAUCCCACCCGAUCAACAACGUCUUAUUUUUGCUGGUAAACAAUUAGAAGAUGGCCGCACGUUAAGUGAUUAUAAUAUUCAAAAGGAAUCGACAUUACAUUUGGUCUUACGUCUUCGCGGAGGAAUGCAAAUUUUUGUUAAAACCUUAACUGGUAAAACAAUUACACUUGAAGUUGAACCAUCAGAUACGAUCGAAAAUGUCAAGGCAAAAAUCCAAGACAAAGAGGGUAUCCCACCCGAUCAACAACGUCUUAUUUUUGCUGGUAAACAAUUAGAAGAUGGUCGCACGUUAAGUGAUUAUAAUAUACAAAAGGAAUCAACAUUACAUUUGGUCUUACGUCUUCGUGGUGGCGCUUGA